AUGACUGAUAGAGUUCGCCGCAAUGGCCAACUUUCCUCGUGCGAGCCUUGUCGAUGGUCGAAACUUCGUUGCGAUCAUGCAAGACCACAUUGUACUCGAUGUACACGCCGCAAAAUUUCAUCAAAGUGUUACUACCACCCGUCGCCGAUGACACGAGGCGCAGACUCUUAUGCUGAAUUCUUGCUUCAACCCAGCACCCCGCAAAGCCCAAGGCCUGUUGAUACCGCUGCCACUUCAUCAGUGUGGGCGCCAUUAUCACCACCAGAGAACGAGAACUUGUCUGCAGACUAUGGCUACGAUCGGGGGACCGGGCUGGUAAACAUGCAUAAUUCUUUGAUGCCGUUUGCAGACUUAGAUGGCAGACAACCUCACCGCGCGUUCCCGUAUUUGACUCGAACGGGCUUAUUCACACCUAAACGGGCAUAUCCGGUGACACCAGCUGCCAUCUCAGAGGGUGUGGAGGUUCUGCGAACCCUUCUUGAAUUCAAUGCGGAUUUACAUGAUCUUGACAACCGACUGGGUGGAAACGACGCAGUCGAUCAAUGCGGUUCACUUAUUUACGAUGCAGCCUGGCGAGCGGCACAAGCCACCCUAAGAUGCUUAGGGAGUAGGCCAUCUGUGGCUGAGCUAGCAAAAACAGCUAUAGCAAUAUUUGAACAGACGGCGACCCCGCUUGAGCUGCCUAUAUCGGCAGAGAAUGAUGCCAUCGAGAUAGCCCUUUCUGGGCCUCGCUUGCGUUGGGAGACCAUUGGCCUAUGCUUAACCCAGAUUGGAUCGUAUGUCGCAACCAUGAGGACCAAUGACCAAGCCUUCCUUGCUCGCGGGCGGUCGAGUUUCAAUCGCCAAAAGGCUAUGAUUAUGGCAUUCGACGCUUGCAUCAAAACUCGUGCAUUUUGCGAUCAAGUCGAGCAGACAAACGAUCUAACUUUGUGGCUUUUGGUAUCGGUGUCCACUCUUGCGACUUGGUGCUUUGGUGAUGAUUCUUCACGUGCAUGGUGCUUAGUAGGUGACUUAUCAUCGGCUUUAGCGGCUCUUGGAUUCCACAAGGGGUUCAACGAGAAGUCAAGCUCCCUAUACUUGGUAGAGCUUCGCAAAAGAGUCAUGGCUCUUGCUCACCAGCGUGACAAAGACCUGGCGACCUUUGUUGGUCGGCCACCCCGUCUUAGUAUACGAUACUACACGAUGGAUUUACCACUUGAUUUGCCUGAUCACAUUAUUAUCGGCCCGAGCAAGCAAUUCGAAUCUGCUAGAGCCAAACUUGACGAGAACGGCUGGAGUGGAAACAUAAUGGUGAAUCCCGUUUCACGUCUCCGGUCUGUUUUACUACUAAGCUUGACCCGCGAAAAGGUCUUGGAGCUUUCACUUGGUCCACAAAUACCAAAUAUCGCUCAAAAAGCUAGAGAUAUAUUAUCAGAAUUGACUUCUACUUGGGACUCAAUUCCUCAAAUACAAUACAAGCAGUCAAUGUGUGACACUAUGUUACCGAGUGCUGUCUGGGUUGUUCUAGGCCCGCGGCUUGAAUACCUUUACACAAAAUUUCUCCUCCAUAAAUUACUCAUUACUCACAACGAAGGCAAUCGCGAGAGCAUGAUCCAGACAUCGCAUGAUAUUCUGCAUUCAGCACUGUCUCUUAUGCAGAAGCAUGACCUGAUAGCUACGCCAAACUUGGAGUGGUUGAUGGUGUUCUACGCCAUGCCAUGCGCCAGCAUUCUCAUCUUGGAAUUAUUUCGACAAAACCGCCAAAGUUGUCGAUCAACGGCGCUUAAUCGGUCGACUUUAAUUCAGGACAUCAGUGUGCUCAUAUCGUGCUGUGACUUGCUAGCCAUAUCUGGUCAGAGCAACUAUCAGAUCUGCAAGCAAGCUCAAGCAGUCUUCUCGCGAUGUCUUGACCAAAUAUUAAAUCCAACUGAGCUGUGUUCACAUGGAUUGAUGAGACAGGCUGGGAGAGAAGAGAAACAAGAAAAUUUCUCCUUAGGUUCGAUGGAUUUUGGUCUCACAGAGCUGUAUCCUCAGAAUCCAGAAUGGUCUACUUGGCUUGAGUCUUUCGACACAUACGAAUGA